AUGAUAAAAGACUGCUCAGUAGCGAUUUUGGGAUUGGGAUCUUUACUAUUGUCAUUUGCGACCUUCCACCUUGAUUUUAAAACACGAAUAAUAAUAUCGACAAUUGUUUUUGUUCUGAAUUUUUUUUCAAUAUUUUGGUUUAUGGCCCAACAUGUUACUAACAUAAAGAGGGAGUCUUUUAAAAUUCUAAUAUAUCUAUUUGCAUCCUUAUACUUUGCAACAUCAUUAUUUAUUCAUUAUUUUUCAAUCAAUGAGCUUCAAAUAGUCCUUAAAUAUGUCAAGCCAAAUAUGCGUUUUUCCAAAAUCGAGCGCACAUAUAUGGAAAAUUGUAAUUCACUGGAAAACAUUUAUGAAAAAAUUGAUAUAUUUGUAGUGGCACACAUAUUUGGAUGGGCUGGCAAAGGAUUUAUACUCAGAAAUUUUUUAUAUUUAAAUGUGAAUAGUGUUUUAUUUGAAUUAAUUGAACUUAAAUUAAGACAUAUACUUCCCAAUUUUUACGAAUGUUGGUGGGAUCAUAUCUUGCUAGAUCUUCUGAUAUGCAAUUUAUUUGGAAUUGUGUCGAGUCUGUGGAUUAUGAAAUAUUUCAAAAUAGAAUUGUAUAAAUGGGAGUUGCCUGGCCCAAAAACACAAAAAAAGAAUAUCAUCUUUCCAAAAUUAGAUAAAUUAAUUAGAUCGGUUUUCGUUAAUAGUAAUACCUUUGCAGUUUUUAUUUUUUCAUGCUUUUUGAUGCCCCUUGCUGAUUUAACUAUAUUUACGUUAAAGGCCAUAAUACAAAUACCUGUUGAAGAACCUUUAUUGUUAUAUAGAGAAUUUAUUAUAGGAUUUUUUGCAUUGGUUUGCUCAUAUGAGCUUCAUAAAGCUUUUGUUAAUAAGCCAACCAUAAAAUGGCUAUCUCCCGUCAUAGUUUUAACCAGUAUAGUAGUAAUUGAAAUUAUUUAUUCUUUAAGAUGGAUGCAUGUUUUGGUGUCUGACAACAGCGACACGACUAUUAUAAAUGCCAUUUUCAUGGCUUUGUAUACAGCUGGAAUUUCUAUAUACUCUCUCCUUUUUAUUAACGAUUAUGUUAUGUAA